UUAGUUGUCAAUUUUUCACAAUGACAUUCUGAUUCUACCAGCUGUGAAUAUUGUAAAAAUUGCGUCUAAUUUUACUUAUUACGAUCUAUUCUACGUCUUAAACUGUGGUUUUUCUCCGUAUUUAUAAAUAAUUAUCAAAUACUGUGCUAAAAAUGGCGUACGCCUACCUAUUCAAAUACAUCAUCAUUGGCGACACAGGUGUAGGAAAGUCGUGCUUACUGCUACAGUUCACGGACAAGCGGUUCCAGCCCGUCCAUGACCUCACUAUUGGAGUGGAGUUUGGUGCUCGCAUGAUCACCAUUGACGGCAAGCAGAUCAAACUGCAGAUCUGGGACACUGCUGGGCAGGAAGCUUUCAGGUCAAUCACCCGGUCCUACUACAGAGGAGCAGCGGGGGCGCUCCUGGUGUAUGACAUCACUCGGCGAGACACCUUCAACCACCUCACCACAUGGCUUGAGGAUGCUCGCCAACAUUCCAACUCUAAUAUGGUCAUCAUGCUUAUUGGAAAUAAGAGUGACCUGGAGUCCCGGCGCGAGGUGAAGAAGGAAGAAGGAGAGGCGUUCGCGCGCGAGCACGGGCUCGUGUUCAUGGAGACGUCCGCCAAGACCGCCGCCAACGUCGAGGAGGCCUUCAUCAACACCGCCAAGGAGAUCUACGAGAAGAUACAGGAGGGCGUGUUUGAUAUUAACAACGAGGCGAACGGCAUCAAGAUCGGUCCCCAGCACUCGACGGGGGGCGGCGCGGGGGCGAGCGCGGGCGCGGGGGGCGCGGCCGGCGGCGGCUGCUGUUAGGUGCUGACCUGCACACACUGAGCGGAACGACGACGGGAGGUGGUACAGCUGUGUGCAACGAAUUCUGGUUCGAAACUUACUGCAUGCCGGACUUUUAUAAUUAUUUUAUACGCUGCGGACUCGCUAGCAUCGGGACUUUUACAUUUACGCCGAACAGGCAUAGACAAGAGGUGUUGUCAUCCACAGGUUGUUGCAAAACGGGUACCAUAAUAUUAACUACAUAGAUAUUAUGUUUCGCGAAUGUCCAAAACCGAUUUGGUAUCUACUUCUAUUCCUUUUUGCAACAGCCUGUAUACUAUAGGCAAGGGAACGUGGCAAACAGCUAUCAACUAUAACUAACCCGGCUCGAUGACUAACUAAAAUUUUGGAGGUGCUAAUCUUUUUAUUUCACAAAAUAUUGAUCGAACAAGUAAACUAUUUUAAUCCAGAAAAUAAAAUCUUUUUUUGCAACAUAAAGAGCUCUAUUGUGGUAUAAAAGCAUAUUGGCUUCCAAAAUUUUACACUUUUAAUACUUUGGCAUGGACUUGCAGUCAAUUUAUGGUAUGUAAAUACGUUAAAAUAGUAGUAAAAUAUUCCUAAGACCGACAUUUGUCAUUUGUUUCCAUAAUCCUGCCUGUAUUUUGGUGGCAGUUAUCUACAAUUUUAAAUAUCAUCACUUCAUAACACCUACAUACAGACAUCUCUACUAGUUUAGGUUUUUUGUCAAGAGAGGUGAUCAGAACAAUACCUUUAAAAGGAACAGUCGGGCUACAUUUAUCAUCACCAUGUAUAGUUGUAUUUCAUAUAUUAGCUCCUUCAUUAAAUAAUGAAGCUUUUUUAAGUGUGAUGUAAAUGUGUUGAAUUUCAUUUCUAAUGCUAACAUCCCAAGGUUUACAAUAAUUCAUUCAUCUUUUUGUCUCGCAUUUAUCCACAAUUACCUUAAAAAAUAUUAAUUUAAUGAUACUGUUGUGGUGUGCCGGAAUGAGACAGAUAGUUUAAUUUUAUUUUUAUUCUUUAGUUUUAAACAUAUUGGUGUGAUAAAGAGGACUUAUUUGACUAAGGAUUAGAAACACUACGAGUAGAACAGAAAUCUCUUGUCAGAGAUGGAGGUACCGUAACUGAAUAUGUAUUUUUUGGAUUUUUUUUAACUCAAUUUAUGAACAGAAAAUUAUUUACGUUGUUAUUGUCAUAAAAGAUCUCUACAAAAUGAAUUUUAUUCUGUGUUAACAAUACAUAUUUUGUUAUUUAUAAUUAUUCUGUUAUUUUACAAGAAUCAGUAUCCAUUAUUCAAAACUAUCGUUAUUUUUGUAGCCACGCAGCAGCAACCAAAGGUAUGUUUACUUUGAAUUGGGCCAGCCAGAUAACAUUGAUUUUAUUUGUAUAUGCUCUACAUCUUGAACAUUAAUGUGUGUUCACAUGCUUCAUAUCUGGCCUAGUACAGUACAAGUUGUGCACAAGUAAAAUUAAAUGUCCCUUAUCCAUUAAACUAAGGGGAAUCUAAAAAGGACUGCUUGCAAGGUAACGAAAGACAUGAUAUAGCAAAAAUAUACUUAUUUUUAAGUUUAGCACAUUGUAAUGAUGUAUAAUUUGUAAGGUUACAAUAUGCAAACACAUUUGUAAGAUGUAAUUCAUGAGAAUAAAUGUUAAAAAAUA